CGUUCAAGGGUGGGGGAACUGCAGAGGGGAUGAAGGGGAAAUCCAAGAUGGCGCGCCACAACACGUGAACGCAACGCGGCUGCAGUGUUUUUGCGUGCGAUUUGAUGCCGAAUUGUGAAUAAGAAGGAGCGAAACAGACCAAGUCGGACAUGGAUUUGUACGUGCUGUUCGAGCACGCUGCCGGCUAUGCCCUCUUCAGGGUCAAGGAAUUCGAGGACAUCGGCGCUCUGCUGCCGCAGGUCGAGGCCUCCGUCACCGACCUGAGCAAGUUCAACUCGGUGGUCAAACUGGUCGGCUUCGCGCCCUUCAAGACGGCGCUCGUCGCCCUCGAGAGCAUCAACAGCAUCUCGGAAGGCGUUUUGCCCGAAGACCUCAACCUGUUCCUCGAGACGUACCUUCCGAAGAGCACGAAAAAGGGCAAAAUCACUCUGGGGGUGAUUGAGCCGAAGCUGGCCGCGGCCAUCACGGAGGCUCUGGGCACCAAGUGUCUGCACACGGGCGUCGUUCCUGAAAUCGUGCGGGGCAUCCGCGCCCACUUCCACCAGCUGGUCAAGGGCUUCACCCUCGAGACCUCAGGCAAGGCCCAACUCGGUCUCGGCCACAGCUACUCGAGGGCCAAAGUCAAGUUCAACGUCAACAGGGUGGACAACAUGAUCAUCCAGAGCAUCGCCCUGCUGGACCAGAUGGACAAGGACGUCAACACGUUUGCCAUGCGCAUCAGGGAGUGGUACUCGUACCACUUCCCCGAGCUCGUCAAAAUCGUCCCCGACAACUACAUGUACGCCAGGGUCGCCCAAUACAUCAAGAACAGGAAGGAACUGUCCGAAGAGAACCUUCCAGGUCUGGAGGAGUUGGUUCAGGACGAAUCGAAGGCUCAGGCCAUCCUGGGUGCUGCAAGGUCCUCCAUGGGCAUGGACAUCUCCCCUGUUGAUCUGAUCAACAUCGAGAUGUUCGCCAAGAGGGUGGUCGCGUUGGCCGAUUACCGCAAAAGCCUCUCCCACUACCUGAACAGUAAAAUGGAGUCGGUGGCUCCGAACCUGGCUACCUUGAUCGGGGAUCAGGUUGGCGCCCGACUCAUUUCUCACGCAGGUUCCCUCACCAACCUGGCUAAAUAUCCAGCUUCGACGCUUCAAAUUCUCGGUGCAGAAAAGGCCUUGUUUAGGGCUUUGAGGACGAGAAGUAACACUCCUAAGUACGGUCUUCUGUUCCACUCGAGCUUCAUCGGGCGGGCCGGCCCGAAGGACAAAGGUCGCAUCUCGCGGUACAUCGCGAACAAGUGCUCGAUCGCGGCGCGUCUCGACUGCUUCGCUGACAUCCCGACCAACGUGUUUGGCGAGAAGCUGAAGCAGCAGGUGGAGGACAGGCUGACCUUCCUCAAGGGCGGCGACAAGCCGCCCACCAACAUCUCCGUCAUGGAGGACGCGCUGGCCGAGGCGGCCGUCCAGGCCGACAAAAAGCGCAAGAAGAAAAAGAAGAAGAAAUCCAAGGUGAACGGCGUCAACGGCGACGCCCAGCCUGCCGAAGAAGAAGAAGAACCGGCCAAGAAGAAAAAGAAGAGCCUAGUUGCGGAAAACAACGGCGACGAGGUGGAAACGAACGGGGAAAGCAGUCCUAGGAAGAAGAAAAAGAAGAAGAAAAGCAAGGCCGCUGACGACGACGAGUAAAAAUAUUUGAACACUGAAAUCUUUCAUGCGCAAAUCGCGCAAUUCAAAAACCAUAAUUUUAUCAAGAUUUUUGCUGCAGACCUUCAGCAACUCCUUUUAAAGCAUUUUACUGCAAUCUUUUCAUUUUUAUUUUGUCAAUUAAAAAUUGAAAAUUACUAUUGAAAA